UUAUGUAACAUGUAUAAGAAUUCCUUGUGAUCUGCAAUGGAAUUUGGGUCGUGUGUGAAUUAAAGUUGUUUAAAUCGCUCUUAAAUUAAUUACUUAAUUUGCAUAUCGGUUAAAAAGUGAGGUAAGAAAAUGGCAAGGCAGUUGUGGAGAGGAGUCGUUUUUGCAUGCAUUACGUUUUGCAUGAUCAUAUCUCACGCUGUUGCUCAAGGUGGUGACAAGAUCUUGAUAAUUCAUGGGGGUGCAGGUACGAUAACCCCGGCGCACGGGACGGCAAAAAAGGUCGCCAUGCUGGCCGCGAUCCGGGCUGGGUAUGCAGCACUGCAAACUGAGGAUGACGCCCAGCUUGCGGUUAUCGAAGCCAUUAAAGUUAUGGAGGAUUCGCCCGCCUUUAAUGCGGGAACGGGAUCCGUUCGAUCUGCCUCUGGUGAAGUAGAGAUGGACGCGAUAAUCAUAAAUGGCACGGAUCUUGGCACAGGCGCCGUGGGUGCCGUCCGCCACAUCAAGAACCCAAUAACUCUCGCCCGUCUCGUGAAGGACACGUCCGAGCACGUUUUCCUCGUCGGUUAUCAAGCCGAACUCUUUGCGCUGAACUCGAACCAAAUGAACCUCGUCCCCACCUCGUCCCUCAUUGCAAACUGGACCACAAGUAAUGAAGGUUGGACUUCAAAUCAUCCCCGCAAACAGAACAGAGCCGGCACUGUUGGUGCCGUUGCGGUGAAUUCACGCGGACAAAUUUUCGCAGGGACGUCGACUGGUGGCUUAUCGGGAAAGAUGGAUGGUCGUGUCGGCGACACGCCGAUCGUGGGGGCAGGAACGUUGGCGGAUGACGAAAUCGGCGGGAUUUCUGCGACUGGGUGGGGCGAAGCUUUUAUUCGAUACAGGGUCGCGUCCCGUAUUGCAGGAUUGAUGGAGGGAGGAAUGAAUGCUUCCAUGUCGAUAAGUACGGUUUUGAGUGGGAUGGCGUCACGAAUUCAGGACGCGGACGGUGGUGCGAUCGCUAUUGGGAAGAAUGGUGACAUUGGGUUCGAGUGGAACUCGGAGCAAAUGGCGUGGGCGUACAGUAAAGGGGUCGAUAUCCAUUAUGGCGUCGACCGUGGGGAGGACAUUAACGUUCCCUUGGACGACAGUGUCUCCACAGGUUCGACAACGACAGAAUCGACGACGCCGACGACUCCGGGUGGUAGUGGUAGUGUUGGGCGAAAGGGUGGUAUUUUCUUUGGAAUUAUUACAGCGUUUAUUGUCACCAUUUCAGUUGUUUGAGAAAUUUGAUGCCAUAAUUUCUAUUAACUAUCCUUUAAAUUCGUGACGUCUUAUAAUUUGACCCAGCUUGACCUCUACCACUGACACGUGACCAAUUUGACACUUUUUCCCUUUGGGAUGACAAGACCAGACUGAAUGUGACUAACACUUGAAUAAAGGUAAAUUGAAUUGAAGACCAAAAUAAUUGUAUAUUGAUAUCCUAGGAUGACAAGUUUUGGAGUAAUUUCCGUCAACCCAGCAAAAAGAUGUCAUUAAAGCUACUUUAAUAAUUAAAUUAAGUAAUGUGCAAAGGCUGUUGGCUAUGAUGCAAUAAAUCAAUUAUUAUUAAUUAAUUAAGUCAGUUAAUUACUACUAACUAGAAAUAAAAUCCCCUCGAAAACACAUCCCCAAAA